AUGCACCAUUUUGCAACUUCCGGUGACUACGUGAGAAAUCCGUUGCCCGCGGCGGCGGUGGCGGUGACGGCGGCGGGCAUUUGGUGUACAACUACAGCCUUAAUGAGACGAGUAGAGUGGACAGGUCAAGCUGUCAACCACGCUGUCAAUAUCCGUAUUCUAAGACUCUUAAACAUCCUACCAACACAUACAGAUAUCAGAAAUAUUGGCACAACAAUUGAAGUUUUUAAGAGGAAAUUGGAUCAUUGUGUCCACCAAGUGCCAGAUCAACGAGGCUGUGACUGCUUUGUGGGCCAUAGGGACGGAAACAACAGUCUGGUUGACCAAGCAACCAACAGAAAAGAUGGCGCCAGGCUGUUGACAGGAGUGUGUUCAAAAAGGGUUCACUGUAUUCAUUUUUGUAAUACAGUACUGAAUACCAUAUACAGUUUAAUCUAUGCAUGUGCAAUCACAACUUUUCUCUUUUGCUUUUCAGGUGUCCCUGUUAUUGUUGUUGUGGCGGCCAUUAUAGCAGAUGUUGAUGUUUAUGGUGAUAAAAAUCAUGGCUUUUGUGUCAUUAGUCCUAUCCCCAAUUCUGUUAUUUACUACACGACCUAUAUGGGUCCCAUCUGUUGUAUGCUUCUGGUGAACUGCAUAGUGUUUGUGAUGGUGACACGUGUCCUGUGUCAGCGGCGGCCUCACUCUCACAAGCCAAAGUCACCUUCAGUUACAACAAGUAUAGAGUUUCCUAUCACACUUGCUCAGGUUCGUGGAGCUGUGACUGUAGUUGCUUUGCUUGGUGUAACAUGGGUUGCAGGAGCAAUUAGUGUUGGAUGGGCCCGACAAAUACUUCAGUACAUAUUCUGCCUUACUACACCACUGCAGGGAUUAAUUAUCUUUAUUGUACGUGUCGCUCAACACCCAGAGGCUCGAGCAGCAUGGAUUGCACUCUUCACAACAGGAACUCUACGAAGACGCCCUCCUACUCACUCAACCCAUUCCUCAGCCCAUACACAUUCGACCUCCUCGUCUGCCCUCACUCCUCCUCGCAAUUAUCAUUCUUCAGUACGCACUGUUUCCACCAGAGUUUCACCCAGAGGAUCUAUAAAACCUUCAUCUUCUGUCAAAAGAAAUGGCUCUGCUAAACACAGAAGCAAGAAGAAUGGAAGUAUCCACAGAUAUACAUCCAACUUUGCAGGAAUGGAAGCUUCAGAGUUUAGCAUAAGUACAAUUUUUUCUCGACUUGUUCAUCGCCUUGGUAGCAAUGACUUGGAAAAUCAUAAGUCUAAGACCCAGGAAGGUGAGAUAAAUAAUUCCACAAGCACUGCAAAACAUGUGCCUGAAAUCAUACCUUCAACUCUUCCCCAGCGAGACUACUCUUCUUCAUUAAACGACGAAGCAAAUUUUAGUGACAAAUUAUUACAGAAAACGUAUUACCACAACAAUAAAAAUGAGUCUUUGUUCCGUCCACAGUCACUAGUUUUAUUGCGAACAGAUAAUCAUGGCAGUGUAUUAACUAAUCAUCCAUCAACUUUUUCAAAAAACAUUAGCCAUCAGUUUCCAGUUUUCCUUUCAACUAAUUUGCUGUCCCAAGACCUAUUAGAAGCUGGAAUUCCAGCAUCUAUGAUGCCACGAAGAUCUUUAGGCUCUCUUACACUACUUACAGAAGGUAAAGAGGGAGAUGACUCUUCCUGGCGCUUUGUUCGGCCUCCACCUGAUGGUCGAAGUGAUCCAGUGAAUGAGGAAAGUGCUAUAGAGCCAGAUAAACAAAAUAUUUCUCAAGAAUCAAAAAAACAAGUAAGUAAUAUAAUUUCUGCAGCUGUUCAGUCAAUCAGAGCAAAGGAACCUAUAAAGAGUAGUGGCUGUGUUGUUCUUUCUGGACAACGUGUAGCAACCAAUCACUUGGUCAUGUUUUCAGGGGAACGCAAUGAUGUACAUUCAUCUUCAUUUUUGACUAGAGCCAAUAGUGAGUUACAAAUGGGUUCACCGCCUAUAAAUUCAGUCGAAUUACGUCGUUCUGCUUCAGUGUAUACAUUAGGAGAGUGGGAGGAUCCAAGAUCAUCAUUAGCUUGAGCUGCAUAUAACAUACAAUAGAAUAAUCCAAGUGCAGUUACUUAAGCAAUUUAAUAAAGACCAGAUUAGAAACAGAUAGACAAUAAAGUUUUUGAAAAGAGAAAAAAUACAUUCUGUAGUUCAUUCUUAAUAUCCAUGAAGCCUUAGUGUGAGCUAAAUUCUAAUGUUACUAUGUUAUAAAUAACCUAUGUAUGUACUGUAGUUUCUGUCAGAUGUUGGUGCAUACAUAGUGUACCUGGCAAAUGAAACUAUUUAUGAAUAGUUUUAGCUGAUGUGCACAUUUCUUAAUGAAAAAGUAUUGUGGAAUGUUUGAAUGCUCUAUGGACUCUGAAGUGGAUUCUAUGCCAGACAUCAGUGAUUUUAUAAUUUCACUAGGAUGAAUGAUAUAAUGAAAUACUAGAUUUAAUGGGAAUGAAGUGGUAGUGUUAAACAAAAUUCAGAUAAAAAAAAAAGUCACAAGAUUUCAAAAGGAAAAAUUUAACUGUUUCUGUGUAAAGUCUACCAUAGAGUUCCCUAUUGAUAGAGGAAAUUGAUCAUAGUAUAGUAGUAGAAUAAAUUUGAAAAAACUACGUAGGAACAAGAUUAUUUACUUAUAUCACACAUACGUACCUGGUUUACACAUCCCAAUUCCAUAGUGUUCGUGAGUGGCCCAAAGGUUUCAUUAAACUGCAUUUCACUUUACAGAUACAAUAUGGGAAAUGUUGUAGUUAAAUUGUAGCAUCUGCUGGGUCAGUCAGUAAACUUCAAUUCCUGUAACCCAAUCAACCCUAUUUGAAGAUAUCAGCAGUAUUCUGAAAAAAAAAAACACUUCUUAGGCAAACCUAUAUAAUUUUAAAGCAGAAAAUUUUGCACUGAUAAAAUUAGUAUUUACAGUGCAGUAUAUUCUUUUUAUUCUAACUGAAGGAAUACAUUAGAAUCAUUUACACCAUUCAAAAUAAAAUGCAAGUAUUUAUUGUAACACUUUCUUAACCCCUUCACUGUCGAAAAACCCCAAAAUUAAAAGUGCUGACAGUGUCGAGAAUUUAAAAAAAAAAAUGAAUAUAAUGGCACCAAAAAUACAAAAUUAAAUGGAAAAUUUACAGAAUUAUACAAGUGCAAAAUUAAUGGUCUGGGCAUAAUUUAUGCACUGGCAGUUUUGCCCACAUUGAAUCCUACUUAAAUUCCUUUGCUCAAUUCAACCAAAUUCUUAGCUAUUUCACUGGUAUGCCUUCCAUUUUAUUGACUGAGCAUUAGCAACUGCCCAUUAAACUAACAGAACUACCUUAUAAAGUACACACAGUUCAUUAAUUUGGCCAGUUUUACACAAAUCUAAGAACUUUUCAAUUUAACAGGAGAGUCCAAAAUAAACACUGUAAGCAUUCCAGCUACUAAAGCAACAUUUCCUCUGCUUAUUAAUCACAAUUCCAUAUCUCUCAUAUAUUACAAUUGCCUUCCACGCUGAAUUCAUCAUUACACAAACCACAAGGAUUUACCUUAUUUCUCAGAUAAAAAAUAUAACCUGAAAUGAAUGAAGGCAUCCAAUAAUUGAAGAAGACCUAAUGAAAGCUGUAAAACAGACAAGGGGGGGCCUUACGUGUCCUCAGGAAAAUUGUCAAAAAUCAAAUAUUUCUGCUACUCUGAGCCUGAUUUCAAGCUAAUUCCUGUCCUGAAACCAAGAAAAUAAUAAAAUCCAAUCUAGAAAACACCUCAAAGUUGCUAUUUUAAACUAAACACAAGGACAAAGGUUUGCUUUUCUCAUCAUGCACCAUUUGAGGCAAGUUUUUUGUAUACCAUGCACACUCGCUGAACAGACUUUUUCUCUAAUGUCAAGGCCUAAAUUUACUACUCGCAGCAUAUUUUAGAGUGCUGUGUUUGAAAUGUAGAUCUUCAUGAGUGAUGCUGGCAUCAAUAAUGUAGAUCUCCAUAAGAGACAGUGAAAGGGGUUAAUGACUCACAUUCCACGUAAAUCUGUUUGCCAAAACAUGUUUUCCAUGGACUCCUAUUAUAUAACUGGAGAUGUAUUCUUGGAUGUAAAACAAACUGAUAUGAGGUGUCUAGCUAAUUCAUACAAAAUAAAUAUAUAAGCACCAUACAGUACAUCCACCAAUAGCUUAUAUACAUUGAAUUAAAUAAUUUGGUUGUAAAAUGAAUAAGAGAAAAAAAUAAAAAAAUAUACAAGGAACACUCCAGUACAGGCAAGCCCUGCUUAUAAAGAAGGUUAAGUUCCAGGCUACUACUGUAGUGAAAAUCACCGUAAAGUGAAUCUUAGUCUUUUUUCAUUUUCAAAUGCAUAUAAAAGCCUGACAGGGAUGUGUAAUGUCACCAUGGUUGUUUAACACAUUUAUAGAUGGGGUUGUAAAAGAAGUAAGUGCUAGGGUGUUGAGGAGAGGAGUGAGAUUAAAUUAUGGGGAAUCAGAUACAAAAUGGGAGUUGACACAGUUACUUUCUGCUGAUGAUACUGUGCUCUUGGAAGAUUCUAAAGAAUACAGUUGCAAAGGUUAGUGGACGAGUUUGGGAGGGUGUGUAAAAGUAGAAAGUUGAAAGUGAACAUAGAUAAGGGUAAGGUGAUGAGGGUAUCAAGUGAUUUAGAUAAAGAAAAAUUGGAUAUCAUAUUGGAGGAAGGGAGUAUGGAAAAAGUGAAUGUUUUUAGAUAUUUGGGAGUUGACUUGUCAGCAGAUGGGUUUAUGAAGGAUGAGGUUAGCCACAGAAUUGAUGAAGGAAAAAAGGUGAGUGGUGCAUUAAAGUAUCUGUGGAGACAAAAAAUGUUAUCCAUGGAGGCAAGAAGGGAAAGUACAAGAGUACAGUGGUACCAACACUCUUAUAUGGGUGUGAUGCAUGGGUUGUAAAUGCUGCAGCAAGGAGGAGGAUGAAGGCAGUGGAGAUGUGUCUAAGAGCAAUGUGUGGUGUAAAUAUUAUGCAGAGAAUUCAGUGUGGAAAUUAGAAGGUGUGGAGUUACUAAAAGUAUUAGUCAAAGGGUUGAAGAGGGGUUCUUGAGGUGGUCAUUUAGAGAGAAUGGAACAAAAUAGAAUAACAUGGAGAGCGUAUAAAUCUGUAGGGAAAGAAAGGCAGGGUGGGGGGUCAUCCUCAAAAAGGUUGGAGGGAGGGGGUUAAUGGAGGUUUUGUGGGCGAGGGGCUUGGACUUGGGCUUGGACAAGUGUGCAUGAGCGUGAUAGAUAGGAGUGAAUGGAGACGAAUGGUUUUUGAGACCUGACAGGCUGUUGGAGUGUGAGCAGGGUAAUAUUUUGUGAAGGGAUUCAGGGAAACCAGUUAGCCAGACUUCAGUCCUGGAAAUGGGAAGUACAAUGCCUGCGCUUUAAGGGAGGGGUUUGGGAUAUUGGCUGUUUGGAGGGACAUCUAAACUGACGUAUCUGAGCCCCUCUGCAAAGACAAUGAUUGUAUAUGAGUGAGGUGAAAGCGUUGAAUGAUGAAAGUUUUUUCUAUUUUUUUCUUUUGUUUUUCUUUUUGGGUCACCCUACCUCAGUGGGAAACGGCCGACAUGUUAAAAACACAAAACCUGAUAGCAUGUUUACCAUAUCAUAAAUUAUGUGAGAAAUAUAGCUAGGCCUAAAAAAUGCAUAUACUAUAGUACACACAUUACUUACCUUAAAUAUUUUGUCCAUAGCUUAUAGUGAGUAGUAAAUAUAUUGUAGGAAGUCUGAAUAAAUGAAGAAUGAGUAUAAUUAAAAACUGCUGCAUUAAUGAAAUGCUGUUAAACGGGGCCUGCCUGUAAUGGUCAGUUUGUUUAUGUGACGACUCAGGAGAAUCGUGGUUUGGCUUUUAGUCUUCAAUCCCUUCACUUCAGAGAAGUGAUGUGGAUUGAAGACUAAAAGUAAUCCUCAUUACUUUUCUGAAGAUUUCUAAGAAAUUAAAAUAAUAGUGCCAUUAAAGAAAUAUUUAUGAAAAUGCAGCCACAUGAACCAUGUGGCUGCAUUUUCAUAAAUAUUGCUUCAAGCUUAAAAAAUUCUGCAUGUUUAAGAAAAAACAAUCAGUGAUUAUGUAAUUCAAGAUCAGUACAGAUGCAUUCAGCACAGGAGCUGACAGCAUUGUUGGCCUGAAUUAGAGAAAAGUUAGCCGUUAUUAAUCAAACUAUAGUUGGCCAUCCUCCCUUCAGUACUGUCAACUGUGAGAAAGUACUAUCACAUCUGAGCAUUAAUCACACCAAACUUGUGAGAAUUGUCAGAGUGUGCUGACAGACCAUCUUUUGUUCAUUCAUUAAAAAGCAUGCUGACUUCAUUAUCAGCUUCUAUUUCAGUAUACUGUCAUGCUAACAUUGUCUGCACUCCUCUCUAAUAGACCUACUUUUAGUUCAGAUUCUCUUAUUAGUUUUUUAAAACAGAUACACUGUGCAGACUGACUCCUUUUGUUUUUGUAAACUUACUGAAUAAUUAGUGUCUCCUGCUGUGUCUAGCUGUUCCCUUCAGUGGAGCACUGAGUGACCUAUUUAGUUAAACACUUUUUUAUGAAUAAUGCAGUACUGUACUUGCUACUGUGGAGCAUAUCUUGCUUAUGCAGUUUGGUCCCCUCCAUGGAGGUGCCUUGAUACUGGUGAGGAGCUCUUGAUCCAAGGAAGCAAACUUAUUCUUCCCUUCAUUAGAUUAAACCUGAUUGCCUCCCAUUUCCCAUGUGCUGUGUGACCCCUAUGGCACUUCCCUGAUUAUUAUAUUUUUUAUAAUAAUAAUAUGCAAUUUAGUAUGUUCACAUACGUGUGAAAUCUUAAGUUUGCAUCAAGAGGAGUGAAGGGCAUAUAAGCCAACAUUACCCUGAAUCUGAGUAGGUUUGUGGGGAAAAUAAAUGUAGUUUAAAGAACAAUUAGGGUCUACCAUGACUGAUUAUCUAAAAAAACAAUGUUAGAUUUUCUUUAGAAUUUUGAGUGACAAAAAAGUUAACAGGGUCAAAUGUUAUGACAGUCAUAAGUUCAUGACCACUUAGCUGUUUUCACAGUUUAUAACAUAUUGUAUAACAUAAACUAUGAAGAACAUUUAUGUCACCUCUUGCUGCCACCACUUAAGAGUGUAAGCUCUGCCAUAUGUUCAUCUAGAUGCUGCACUUGCCAUUACUGGCCAUGUUUGCGAAGCAGUAACUGCUGUGUCUUGACUGUAUGUUUUUGUGUAUCAAAACAUUGUACAUUGAACUAUUAUUAAGCCAGGAUUACCUGUAAAUUAAUAAGGUCUGAUCUAUUUACCUUAAUAUUAUACCGCCUUUACCCAAAUUGUAUGUUUUUUCUUCUUACCCUAUUUAGAUAUCUUGCCAAUUUGUAUUUAUGCACUGUUUGACCAUAUUACUUUAUACAUUUCUUGAGUUUUAUAGAUUGUUUCAUCUCAUUGUGAGUUUAAUCAAAAAUAGGUCAGCUAUCUUAGCAUCUGACAAUGAACUAGUCUCUGUGCCUAAAAAAAAAAUUUUUUUUUUUGAAAGGCCAUGUUGUGAAUAUGUAUAUACAGUAUUAUUUCUAGUGCUAAUUAUCUUAACAUAGAUACUAUUGUACUCAGAUACAGAUACCUGUACUAUUGUACUCAGAUAUAUAUUUUUAUACAUAAUUUUCUUGGAUGAAUAAUCCUUAAUGUUUUAACUCUACUGAAUUGAUCCAUCUUAAUUUAUAGUCUGCUACUCAGUUCCUAACAUGACAGGACUCUUUCUUCAUGGAUCACACUAGACGAAAUAUUUAAAAAAAAAUCAUCACCUGAAUUUUAUGUAAAUUUAUGUACAGUAGAUCAAAUAUAAUUGUUAAAUAUAUCUAGCACAACCUGCUUUUUUAGAUUUCAAUGAGCAUUCAUACUCAUGCCCUCACUAUGGGUUCAUACCCCACCUGUUCCAUGGUUUGUUUGCAAUUGUGUUUAUUACAAUUUUGUGAGUCAUGCACUUAUUUUUAUGACUAUUUUUACCCUGAAUAAUUAUUAUAACUAAAAGUGUCAAUAUAAAUUUUAUUACCAUCUUUUUGUAUUAACACUGCUGUUUUAGUAUGUAGAUUUUUGUUAUGCACUUAAAAAUAUCAUCACAUUUGAUAACAUUAAAUUGCCACACAAUUAAUAAUUUUAAACUUAGCAUUCAGUUAAUAUAACUUUAAACUAUACAACUACAUACAGUAGUUGAACUGAAUUUAUAGUUGGCCUGAAAGGCUCUUCACAAAUAUGGCAUUUCAAAAUGUAUGAAAUAAACUCUGCUUCAUAUUGUAAUAAUUAUGUACAUUUUGAAAAUACAGUGGAACCUUGACUUAUGAGUUUAAUCCGUUCCAGGAUCUAGCUCAUAACUCAAUUUACUCGUAUAUCAAAUUAAUUUUCCUCAUUUAAAUUAACUGAAAAGCCAUUAAUUUGUUCCUGCACUCUGGAGAGAUGAGAAAAAUACUUGAAUAUAACGCUAUUAUCAACUGUAUGGCUUAUUUAUCUAUCACAAUUCAUCUAAUAUGUCAUAAUAAACAAUAUAAUUAGCACAGAAACAUGACAUAUACUACUCUAGAAUGAAUAAAAUAGGUCACAGUAUGGUGGCAGAGGCAGCAGCAGCAGAAGCGUCAGCCAUUUCUGUCCCAAUCUGACUAUAGUAUCUUCCGUUCUUACUGUAAGAGAAAACAAGAGUAUUUUUGAGGCUAACUGCAAUAGAUCACUAGGACCCAUGGUUAGAAAAAAGAAAUUUGGCCAAAUGACUGCAAAAAAAUGCAAACAAGCAUGAGAGAACUGCCCCCUACAGGAAUGUAAACAUGUUUACUGCUUACCAGCUGUACAAACUAACAGAAGCAAUCUGAAUUAUUAUUACAUAUGUAUUAUGCAUUAUUAUUAUUAUUAAUUCAGGGAACUGAAGCUGUGUCAUUAUUAUAAUAAUAA